UGAAGCUAUGUGGUCGAGGCUGAGAGUUUAUGCGACCUUAUCAUGGCUCCAGAGACCGACUACUAUGGAGUCAUAUCGAUGAGUUCCUCUACCGUAUGCAUUACGAUUUUAGAACAUUUGAACCUCUUUCUAACCUUGGCAAGUUUCCGGACCAUGUAAGAGAAAUGUAUCCACUAUAAUUCUUUGGUUUUGUAUACUAUAUUUCUACUCUAUACUGACUGUCUAUAAAUUAUAGUCUCGCCCGCUUGAUUGAAAGCGACCAACUUUGAUGUUGUAGAGUUGGUACGUUUGUACACGAAGAUGCUACUGUCCAACUCCAACGUCAAUACGUGACUAUUGUGUGUGUGACUAUUAAUAUUUUCUUCCCUGUCCUACUAACUAGAGUGAAACGCUAAGUUUCUAUAUAAAAGCUUUUCUGACGGAGAUUCUGUAAUAAUUACGCGUAAAUUUAAGCUAACUGGUUAUCGAUUAUAACGUUUACAAUAUACGGACUUGAAAAUUUGCACUAAGCGCAGAUCAUAGUGAACAACUCACUGAAAAUCUUUUAAGUAAUGUGAUAACGUUGGAAUUCAACCUUACAUCCAUAUAGAGUCGGUGUCAGUCUAUUUUCUCAUAAGUUACAUAUGAGGAUUUCACAUCCUCAACAAAAACAAUGACAAAUUAUCGGUUGCAAUUGCGUCUGGCAACUCAGAGACUGUUCUACUCCUUCAAUUCUGACUAAAAUGUUAAACUAUCGACAAUCAGUCUUUGAAUACACAUAAAAUUUGUGGUAGGGGGCCCUGUAAAACAGUAUAAACGUUUACACACCGAGAUGAAAUUCCUGUUGUAUAAUUGAUGUAAUUGUUUUCAAAAUCAUGGCCGUUUGAGCUCUUUAUUACUAUACACGUAAGCUCUUUCUUGUCAGUUUCCCUGAAGGGCCAUCGGGUGGCGAGUCUGGUAGCAUUUUUCUCGGUAAUAUAUGUGCCAUUCAAAUGGCAGUAGUGUGUCCACGUAACCUGCUUCACUUUUGCCCCCGGGCAAUAUUCCAGCCCUCACACAAAUCGAAUGAUUUAUGUGGCGCAUACCUAUCUGGUGCGCGGUAGUUGAAGUAUACUAUCUAACCAAGUAGUGCUCCAAGAAAGUUGUAUCAUUUCUUUUUGUUUUAUUAUAAAAUAUAUGCUGAACUUUUAGUUUCUGUGACUUUUUUCAAAUACGUACUUUGAUUGAUUGUACACCUGUUAACAAUAAACACUUUGUCACAUUAAAUCUAACUCUAGUAAGGACUGGUGCUAAUCAUGAAUAAUCCUACUAUUUCACCAAUAACGUCCGUUGUUCUAUCAGUAAAAGGUCACAUUUGUACUACUGGAGGAUGUGUAGGUUCUUCUGAAGAUAAGAUUGCCAUUUCAACAACCGAAAAACUGUAUAUUUUGAGUUUUUCUCUUUCACAUCAUGACGACCGCCCCAAGAAGAUAGCAAUCGCCCAAGAAGUUGACUUUAUUACCCGUGAUUUCUUAAGGAUUGAACUUGAUAAUGAUUGUAUGUUAAAAGGAUCUGAAGUCGACGAUGAAAUCAAAUUCUCACUCAAAGAAAACGUAAACAGGUCUAUUCUCUUUCCUCAUCUACAAAUAAAUCGAGACAUCUUGAAACUAAAAAAUGGAGCUCGAUUAGUUUCUUGGAGUCCAAGAGGAGUUGAUAAAUAUGAAAGGUGUAUAAUGAGUUUAACAACAAUGGAAAAUCGAACAGUUUUGUGUACGCUUAAAGGAACUGAAUCUUGGGAAGAAUCAGUCGAUCUAGCAUUGAUUUGGCAGCAGUACUAUGUUGAACAUGGUAGGGUCGCCCAAAGUCGAAAAGUGGUUGUUGAUAGUCGACCACAGUUUAUUUUCCAACCUACUGAAUGUAAUAAUAUUCCAUCAUUAAUAUGUAAAAGUAUUAUGGAUUAUUUCGAUGCAAUAGAAGAUGUUGUGGUUGCUUACACAAGUUGGUGUCAGAUAGUUCGACAACCUCGAAUAAAAUCCACUCAUUCAAUGAAUUUGAAAACUGCACCUGACAUAAACAAUAACAUGUCCUAUUAUGUGAUACCAGUUGACCCAACUCAAUUAGUCACUGAGUCAUUUUCAUUAUGCUCAGUGACAUUUUUGGCAGUCUUAAUGAAAUCUGGUGCUUUUUGUAUAUGGAUGGUUUCAGUACCAUUUUCUGGAGUGUCAUCGAUGUCAUUGUUAUGGGUAGAUUAUACGUACGCUGUCGUGCGCAGCGAUUCGAUUGAUAAACGCCCAAACUAUAUCAAACUUUAUGAUUUGGAUAAUCUCAAUCUCUUACUUGUUUUGGGUUUUACUGAUGGUUCUGUGAAAGGUUUAGUGUUUCCUAUUGAAUAUUCCCCAACUGGUAUCCUGGUAUUAACAGUACCUUAUUUAUUCAAUCUAUGGACAACUCCAUUGUAUCAUGUAACCAUUUUAGCAUCAGCCUGGUCAAUGUCUCGUCGUUUAUUAUGUAUUGGCUAUGGUCGUCAUUUGCUAUUAUUUCAUAUAGCUAAGGAAGAUUUAGAGAUUUGUUUCCAACAACAGAACCAGCGCCAAGAACAACCAAGUAGUCUAUCAACGCCAUGUCGUGGACGAGAUCCAUUAUAUUUGGUUAAAAGUCAAUUUGUUAGUCAACCAAAUCCUAUUCUAGGCUAUAUUACUGGUAUCUAUUUAGACAAUGAACAGUUAUUACUCACUAGUGUGGAUGGUUACUUAAUGCGCACCAGUCUUGAUGAAGUGUCUGAAUGUAAGUUGAAUUGGCAAGUUGUUUGGUCUAGUUCUAAUUAUGAUAAAUCUGAUGUAGUUCAUUGGGAAUUUCAUGGAUUAUCAGUUUCAACGAAUGGAGUUUAUAUAUGUUUUCUUGAAAAGCCAUGCAAUUAUUUGGAUAAUAAUCGUACACGACGCAGUGCUCUACUUUCACCUAGGGUCCAUUUUUUAUCGUUUUGGUCAAAUGAUAGUUUACAAGAAAUUAUAUUCAACCCUGAAUUACCUUUAAAUCGUAAAGUUGAUUGUUUGCAAGAGUUAAUACAAAGAUGGCAUUCACCAGACGACAAAGCUGAUAAUUUAUCCAGCAAUACGGAUUUAAGACAGAUAUGUUUGGAGAAAAUUGAUUUUCACCAGGCUUGUCUCACUGAUUCUUCGUUUCCUCAUAGUUGGUUAAAUAAGCCUCUUACAACGCUUCAAAUAUACAGAUUUAUUCUGUGUAUGCUCAACAAAGACACCGAUGAAUCCAUCAAAUCCCGUGCACAACUUUGGAUGACUAGUUUAGAUAACUUUAUCCAACAACGUCAUUUGGAACGAUGCUAUCGUUUGUUUCUUAAAUCCUCUGUACAAAGACAAGCACGUGAUUGUUUAUUAGUUUCACAAAUGGCCACAUUAACUUUAAAUAUUUUCCGACCAGUGUCACAAAUAUUAACUAAUUCACCUAGCACUAUGACAACGGAAACCAUCGCCGACGCCACCUCUACCACCAUUGAUUCUGUGUCUAGUUGUAUAACUAAUAAAAAUGAAGAUGAUACAAUGAUUAUCGAUGGGGCUUUGAAGAAGUAUAUAUGUUUCGUCAAAGAUUUACCUGAACUAGCUAAAAGUGUUCACCAAUUAUCUGUACAACUCUAUGUGCAUCGGUUUAAAUUGUCAACUGAUAAUAUCAUCAGUCAAUUACAGAAAUUACAUGUCAUUCCGGACCUAACCUAUAUGAAUUGCUCUCAAAACCAUCCAUUUGAGCGCUGCAUGCAAUCUCUGGAACCUUGCACUGAUCCUAUGUUUCGUCAUUGUAGUCAGUGUAAUCGUGUAGCCCUUAGCGUGUCUCCUCAAGAUCGUUUAUCCGCUUGGCGUUCAAUGAUACUUCAUCCAAUGUGUAUAUAUUGUGAUUUACCAUUGACAUGGAAAGAAUUCUAA